UGUGCCCUAGGUGACGGACGCCUUGUUGCCGGGUACUUCAGGUAUCGGGUAUAAACCAUUCAACCAUGGGCGCAGGUUCUUAAGGUGUCCGUGCAAGGUUCUUAAGGAAUUCACGGGAGAGGAGAAGACUUGGGGACGGAGAGGAACCCUUGACUCAGAACAUGGACGCCGGACCGGACAAGCAGCAGAAGAAGUCUGCCGGGUCGGACGGGAAGAAGCUCUCCUCCCAUGAGACGAAAGGCGAGGCCAAAGACGUGACCUCGACCCUGUCCAAGACGAGCAUGUCGUCCUCCUCCGCGGGCACCAAUGGGAGCGGGGCGGAGACAUGGGCGGCUGAGCGCCCGAGCACCGACCGAGUGCCCCUCGAGGUGCAGCUGCAGAAGAUCAUCCUGUCGGGCGAGUCGCCUGUGCGGACGGGGCGGGCAGACCGCGGCGGCAGCAGGGCAUGGAGACGGGGCAGGGAGGCAGGCGGGUCCCCCCGGGCAGGGGGACACCGCCGCGCCGCGGGCGGGACCGCAGCAGCACGACGCGCCGCCGGGGAAGGGCGAGCAGCCCGUCGAGCCUGCCGGGACGGACGGGCCCGCGCGAGAGCCGGCCGGGGACGGGAAGGACGUCACACCAGUCCGGCGGGCCCCGGCCGGGCCCCUGACGGCGGAAGACGCCCGGCUGAUGGCCCACACGAACCGACAGCUUGCUGCGGAGGUGAAGGCUCUGCGGGACGAGCUGGCGGCGGUGAAGCAGAGACACGACCAGCGCGCUAGGCAAGCGACACAGACGAUGGGCGAGCUGCAGCAGGAGCUGAGGCGGACCCAGGCCGAGCUCGACAGGUACCGAUGCCGGCAGGACUCCGAGCUCAUCCGGGCAGGCUUACCGGGCAGGCCGCCCGCCCCGGACGGGCCACCUUCGCAGGGCCGCCCGCCCGCACAGCGGAGGAGGUCCCCGGCGCAGGACAGUCGGGUAACGUACCUGCGGGUUCCUGACGAGUGUUUUCCCGCGCCGGCGUCCAAGAAGCCGAUGUCUGCGCUGAACAUCGAUGACGUCAUGAGGACGAAUCAGCGGGUUCUGGACGAGAACGAAGUUCUGCGGGACGAGGUGCAGCAGCUGCGGCGGGACAACAGCGCCCUCUUGCGGUUGGUCAAGUGGCUGGCGGCCGACAACCGGACAUGCCUGAAUCACAUCCACACCAGCGUGACCGACAGACGGGACCUCACCAAGAAGCUGCACAAGGAGAAAACUGAGACCAAAAAGCUGCAGGGCAUGCUCCAGCAGAGAGCGCAUGCGUGGGUGAGAGAGAAGCAGAGAGAAGAAGGACUGGAGGAAGAGAGCAGGUGGAACAAAAUCAGCCAUAUCUCCGUGCUGGGGGCGCGGCAGCGGGCCAACGCCAACCCCGAGCAGAAAUUCUACACCAGGACGGUCCCCGUGUCGUCAUGGGACGAUCCCUUCUCACGAAACGAUUACCUGGGGACGAGAUGACCCUCAUUCGACUACCUGGGCACGAGAUGACCCCCUCCCGACCCGACUACCUGGGCACGAGAUGACCCCCUCCCGACCCGACUACCUGUGCACGAGAUGACCCCCUCCCGACCCGACUACCUGUGCACGAGAUGACCACCUCCCGACCCGACUACCUGUGCACGAGAUGACCACCUC